AUGCGAAGAUACCUGGUUCAGGCGCUCGGCAGCUUUAUCAUUGCCAUCCUUAUCUGUGCUAGCCUUUUUCAUGGUGAAGACUUUGUGGAAAGGCUUAGUGCUGGUGAAAAUAGCGCUCGAGUCCUCUACCCUGGUCCUGCUAAUCGCACUCCAUGUCAUUACGGGACCCCCCCGCAGUCUCGGCCCAUUCGGCGGCUGCUGGUCGCUAAUAGAGGUGAAAUCGCUGUCCGCAUCUUGCAUGCAGCAAGGGAACUACCAACUCCUGUCGAAACAGUCGCACUAUAUACCUCAGACGAUAGUUCGCAUAUUGAUUUGGGACGUCCGGAUCAAGCAAUUCAGAUUCCUUCAUCAUCGUCCUAUCAAGACGCGCAGUUUAUCGUCGAUCUAGUUUACAGGCACUCAAUUGACGCAGUGCAUCCGGGCUAUGGAUUCCUCAGCGAGGACGCAGAGUUCGCACGGCGCAUGUGGAGCGAUGCUAACGCUAUCGUGAUCGGGCCUGGGCCAGAGAACCUUGCCCGCACAAGCGAUAAGCUUCAGGCAAAAGUACUUGCACAACAAUGUGGUGUUCCCGUGUUAGAGGCUAUGAGCCGGUCUACCUCCAAUGUGGAUGAAGCUCGCGCCUUUGCCAGAAUGGUCGGUUACCCGGUCAUGAUUAAAGCAGUGGAUGGCGGAGGUGGACGAGGAAUCCGCCUUAUCCGUGAGGAGUCGGAGAUGGAUCAUAACAUUCAGCGUGCUAUUGGCGAGUCACCUUCUCGGACUGUCUUUGUGGAGAAGGCUGCUGUUGAUGGGUUCCACCAUAUCGAGAUCCAAGUCAUUGGCGAUGGCACAGGUCAAGUGCGACAUCUUUGGGAGAGAGACUGUAGUGUACAGCGACGAUUUCAGAAAGUGAUCGAGUUUGCUCCAGCCUUAAUGCGCGACCGGGCUUUGGUCGCUCGAGUCAUCAGCUCGGCACUGAAAAUGGCUAGCACAAUCCGAUAUCGAUCGCUCGGCACUUUUGAGUUCUUGGUUAGCGAAGAAAAGGGUGAAUUCUAUUUUCUAGAGGUCAACCCGCGCCUGCAAGUUGAGCAUACCAUCACCGAAUCCAUCAGCGGUGUUGAUCUGGUGCAGACGCAGCUCAGGCUGGCCCAAGGCGAGUCCUUCAGUGAUCUCGGCUUAGGCUCAGCUGUCAACGCAAAUGUGCCGCCGCCAUCAAAUUCUUUCUCAAUUCAGCUUCGUCUUUGUGCAGAGGAUCCAAGUAAUAACUUUGCUCUCAGCAUAGGCAAAGUGACGGACUUUUUUGUCCCCAGUGGACAUGGUAUUCGAGUUGAUAGCAAUGUCAACACUUCUGGUGGAUCUGCUUUAAUCGUGGGAUCGAACUUUGACAAUCUUUUGGCUAAGAUCAUCGUCACUGGUUCAACAUGGCAAGCCACUGUCAGGAAGGCCCAGCGGGUGUUGUCCGACUCCAAGAUAUAUGGUGUCAAAACAAACAUUAAUCUCCUUAGGGGCAUUGUGGCACAUGCGGAUUUUUUGGCGGGCAGCAUUGAUACGCAAUGGCUAAGAAAGAAGCUCGAUGAAGCUCAUGAGCUAGGAGAACAGAUAUCGAAAAGAACUCAAAGCAACGACAAGCCCGCUGUGUCUUCGCAAUCGGUAGCGCCGGCUGCGCUGCCUUCCAAUUUACUAUUCCGCAAAGGUGACGCGUGGUCUAUCACGCUCGAAACACUCGGCAAGUCGUCAGAAAGAGCUGCCCAUCAUCUGAAGCUCUCGCGAGUCCUACGCAAUGAGUUCCCGACCGCUCUCGAUGCAGAAAUUGAGUAUACCACCCCCACAUCACAGACUGACAUUCCAUACCGCAUGCUGCUGGAGACAACGACCACCGCGGCGUCGGCUCUGGUUUCAUCCUCACAUCGUCGUGGAGAUCCCAACAAUUCGCGACAUGUGAUUCUUCCACUCUCCGGCCGACUUAUCGAGAUAUUGGUUGCCGAAGGGGACACCGUCGCCGAGAAUCAGGUAUUGGCCUUUGUCAAGCAGAUGAAGAUGGAGCUGGAGGUACGCAGUCCACACGCUGGGAAGGUGAAAUGGGUUCAUGAGAUGGAAGACGAGGAAGAGGAUGUUGCCGAAGGCAUGCUGCUUGUAGAACUCGACGAUAACAAAGAUCUAAGCCAUGUGCGAGGAAAGUUGUAA